CGCCUCCCCAGCCUCGCUGUGGCCUGCGGCUCCCGGGCUGGUAGCGCCGCUCUCGGUCGCGCGGACUGAUCGUGUGGAAUCGCGGGUCGCGGACGCUCGCCGCCGGCCGUAGCUCAGCCCAGCGCCUCCAAGGCCGACGGCCCCCAGCCUCUGCCAUGGACUUCGAGGACGAUUACACACACUCCGCCUGCAGGAAUACUUAUCAGGGUUUUAAUGGAAUGGAUCGUGAUUAUGGCCCUGGAUCUUACGGAGGGAUGGAUCGUGACUAUGGCCAUGGAUCCUAUGGGGGUCAGAGAUCCAUGGAGUCCUACCUAAACCAGUCAUAUGGCAUGGACAAUCACAGUGGUGGUGGUGGGGGUAGCAGGUUUGGACCUUAUGAGUCUUACGACUCCAGGUCUUCUCUGGGUGGGCGAGAUCUGUACAGAUCUGGCUAUGGUUUUAAUGAACCCGAACAAAGCCGCUUCGGAGGUAGUUAUGGUGGUCGAUUUGAGAGCUCCUACCGGAAUAGCCUUGACUCUUUCGGAGGUAGAAACCAGGGCGGGUCUAGCUGGGAAGCACCUUACUCCCGUUCAAAAUUGAGGCCUGGGUUUAUGGAGGACAGAGGAAGAGAGAAUUACUCUUCCUACAGCAGUUUUUCUUCACCCCAUAUGAAGCCUGCACCUGUAGGCUCUCGGGGGAGAGGAACGCCUGCUUAUCCUGAAAGUACGUUUGGAAGCAGAAACUAUGAUGCUUUUGGAGGACCAUCAACAGGCAGAGGCCGAGGCCGAGGACAUAUGGGUGAUUUUGGAAGCAUUCAUAGACCUGGAAUUGUUGUUGACUAUCAAAACAAAUCCACCAAUGUGACAGUUGCUGCUGCAAGAGGAAUAAAGAGAAAAAUGAUGCAGCCGUUUAAUAAGCCCAGUGGAACCUUUAUCAAGAAACCCAAACUAGCAAAACCUAUGGAGAAGAUAAGCCUCAGCAAAUCACCCACAAAAACUGAUCCUAAAAAUGAAGAGGAAGAAAAGCGACGAAUUGAGGCUCGGAGAGAGAAACAAAGGCGCAGAAGAGAAAAAAACAGUGAGAAAUAUGGAGAUGGAUACAGAAUGGCAUUUACGUGUUCAUUUUGUAAAUUUCGAACGUUUGAAGAAAAAGAUAUUGAACUGCAUCUGGAAAGUUCUUCACAUCAGGAAACAUUAGAUCAUAUACAGAAACAAACUAAAUUUGAUAAAGUAGUUAUGGAGUUUUUGCAUGAGUGUAUGGUGAAUAAAUUCAAGAAAACAUCUAUUCGUAAGCAACAGACAAAUAAUCAAACAGAAGUAGUUAAAAUAAUUGAAAAAGAUGUUAUGGAAGGUGUUACUGCAGAUGAUCACAUGAUGAAAGUAGAGACAGUUCAUUGCAGUGCUUGCAGUGUGUAUAUCCCUGCCUUACAUAGUUCAGUUCAGCAGCACCUAAAGUCUCCUGAUCAUAUCAAAGGGAAGCAGGCUUAUAAGGAACAAAUAAAAAGAGAGAGUGUCUUGACUGCUACAAGCAUUUUAAAUAAUCCAAUAGUGAAGGCGCGAUAUGAACGUUUUGUUAAGGGUGAGAAUCCUUUUGAAAUUCAAGACCAUUCUCAGGAUCAGCAAAUAGAAGGAGAUGAGGAAGAUGAAGAGAAGAUUGAUGAACCUAUUGAAGAAGAGGAGGAUGAAGAGGAGGAAGAAGAAGCAGAGGAAGUGGGGGAAGUAGAGGAGGUGGAAGAAGUAGAGGAAGUGAGAGAAGGAGGAAUAGAGGGUGAGGGAAAUAUAGAGGGAGUGGGGGAAGGAGGGGAAGUAGGCACAGUGGGAGAAUUAGAGGGAGUGGGGGAAGUAGAGGAAGUAGAGGAAGAAACAGCAAAGGAAGAACCGGCUGAUUUCCCUGUUGAGCAACCUGAAGAAAAUUAAAUAUAAGAUAUUAGAUUUAAAAGGAGCUUUACAUUUCGGUUCUAAUGUAAAAAAGGGUAAGACAUUUAAUAGCUUAAAAUAUGAAUUAACACCCAUGUUGCAUGCAUUCCACAUAUUAAAAUUUGUUUUAUAUAAUUUCUAAAUGUUUAACAUUUGUUUAAUAAAAUGAAGGUAAAACUAUUUUAGUUUUUAUAGCUACCAAACUUAGAUCUGAUCAAUUGUUUGUAUAAUUUUUAAGCUUAAUUUUUAUUACUUUAUUGGUGUUAAGGAUAACAAAUGUGUAUUGUUAGUACAGCUAUUCUAAUAAUUUUAUCUUAAAUGCUGCUCUUGGGAGUGAAUAUUCAAGUGUGCAUCAAUUUUUUGAAUACUUACCCUAGAAGAUAUAAACUGGGCAAGUAUUUUGUGCUCUGACUGUGUAUUUUUUUACUGCAUUGGACAUUGAAUAGUAAUUUGCGUUAAGAUACGCUUAAAGGCUCUUUGUGACCAUGUUUCCCUUUGUAGCAAUAAAAUGUUUUUUACAAAAAAACGUUCUCCCUGGAUUAGCAGUUUAAAUGAAACAGAGUUCAUCACUGAAAUGAAUAUUUAAAAUCAAAAUUUGCCUUAAUGUAUCAGUUCAGCUCACAAGUAUUUUAAGAGGAUUGAGAAGACUUGAAUUAAAGAAAAAAAAAUUCUCAAUCAUAUUUUUAAAAAGUAAAACUAAAAAUUUUUUUAAAAACACAUUUCAAAUAGAACUGAGUCUGUAACUGACCGUAUUUAUACUCUUUUUAGUUUGUUCCUUUUCCCUGUGCCUGUGUCAAAUCUUGAAGUCUUCCUGAAAAUACAUUUGAUACAAAGUUU